AUGAAUAAUAAUACUACACAAGGAGCUAAUGGUACGGUGAAGAUGUCAUUUGCACAUUAUUCCAUUGUUGCAAGCUUUGCUAUGAUACUUAGCCUUUUUGGACUUAUUGGAAAUGGAAUCGUCUUCUGGAUUCUCGUGUUUAAGAUGAAAAGGAACAAAUACACUGUGUACAUUCUAAAUCUUGCAAUUGCAGACUUUCUCUACCUUUUCUUUGUGGCUAUCACUAUGAUAUUAAUGGUAGAUCAAAUAUUAAAUAGGAGAAGUCCAUCAAAAGAACUUCUUACAAGCUUAGAAAUCAUGUAUGACUUUGGAUAUAUCUCAGGCAUGUUAUUCCUAACAGCAAUAAGUGUAGAGAGAUGUCUGUCUGUUCUUUUCCCUAUAUGGCAUAAAUGCUACAGACCUAAACACUUAUCUACCUUUGUGUGUGGAUUACUCUGGGCAAUUGGUGCAUUUUUAUCUCUUGCUGAUAAUUUAGGCUGUCCACCAGAAUUUUUCAGCACAGGCACAAGUGAAUGCACAGCUUUACAAAUAUUUUCAACUGUACUGACAUUUGGUAUCUUAAUUCCUUUGAUGCUUUUGUCCAGUUUUAUUUUAGUCUAUGUGAUAAAAACAACAUCCCAAACAUGUAGACCCCCCAAAAUCUAUGUAGCUAUUAUACUUACUGUUUGUGUCUUCUUGAUUUCUGUUGCACCAAUAAGGUUGAUGUGGAUUUUCCUUUAUUUUAAGAUGUUGCCCAACAACUUUCAGACUCUUGCAUUUUUCUUUUCAAGCACUUAUUGUACUGUGUUUAAUAGCAGUGCAAAUCCCUUCAUAUACUUCUUUGUGGGGAGGCAGAAGAAAAAAAGGUUUGGAGGUUCAAUUAAUGAAGCUUUCAGUAGAGUCUUUAAAGAUGAUGAUACAGAACAGACAACUGACUAUGAUAGAAAUACCUCAGUUACAAGCAUAAAAUAA